GUCCUCAUUACUCUUCAACUUGUCUUCAUGAUGGACGACGACCAGCCUCACCAGUUCAUACACGCUGACCUGCCAAUACAUUCUUUACAGGACCGCAGUCGUUUGCGUUCGUCAUUCUUUCGAACUUUCACAUCCGAGUUCUGGAUCCCUGGUCUCGGUGUGGUGCCUACACUUACCGUCGAGGACUGCCCUUCGUAGCUGCGUUAUGACUGCAGUGGGCGCGAUGAGGGCAAAUCGUCGGGUCCAAGCAUCGAGCAGGUGAGAGUAACGAGAGGGGUGAGAGCGUUGCGCACCGAAACAGUGGAAAGGACCGAGUCCAUGUCUUUGGGUUGCGUUGGGCACUACCCCGUGCAACAUCUCUUCCAUCAUAAGCUUUGCGCCCGACCUCUCAUCUCCUUUCCCGCUCUCACCUCCUCCUCCUAACCCUUCCUUGUGCCUAUUUGAUUUCACUCAUCCGAUCUUUUGGUCGUCGGUGUGAGACUUGUUUUCCUGGAGACUACAAGUACACGUCGGACGGUAUCUUGCUUUUCCCGUUCUUGUCUCUUCUCUGCCGCAGCAGAGCUGGUUGUUAGGCUUAGACAUAGUCAUGGCUCAUGCACGUCCACUCGAUCUUAGGGAAUAUGAGCUCACAGUCCGUCAAGAACCAAAGCAAGCAAGGAUGUGCGGCGUUGGCGCUGACCGACGACCAAUCGACCCCCCUCCUAUCGUUCAGCUCAGGGUAAUUGACCAUGCUGCGAGAGACCGCGAUCGAGAACGUGGAGGUAGUUCAAGAGGUAGUUCUCCUGAUCCCUCUAGUCCGGUUACACCUCCCUUUUCGUCCAACUCUUUUCUGCAGAAUCCCUAUUACUUCAUGUUUGCGAGCUUGGCAAAGCCGGAUGAAGAUGUCGAGUUGCAUUGGCUAAAGGAUGGAAAGACCCGGUGCACAACGGGAUCCGUUGUCUCUUCUCUUUACCAUUUAAAAGACACGGAGAACCACAAUGAAGAUGCCGGUUUCUUCGUAUUUCCGGAUUUGAGCGUUAGGACGGAGGGUAGCUAUAGGCUGAAGCUCAGUUUGUAUGAGGUUGUCGGCAAUGAAGUGUUUCACUGCAAGUCGGUAUUCUCAGCUCCAUUCUACGUAUAUACAGCAAAGAAAUUCCCAGGCAUGGAAGAGUCUACGCCGUUGUCAUGCUCACUUGCGGAUCAAGGUAUCAAGAUUCGCAUUCGCAAGGAUAUCCGAGUCAGGAAGCGUCCAAUGCAAGUGCUCGAACCUGCUUCAUUAUCUCUUUCUUCCGCCCCAGCCUCUUCCGGCCCUCCGACCCUGCUUCCAGCUCCUUCAGGGUUCCCCAGCAGUUCUGGUCCUCCCGUGCGUCUCGAUGCAGCACCCGGGUCGGGCUCUGGUAACGGGACAGCAUUCCCUUCCAGUUCAGGUCCCCCUGUAAGACUGGACAACCAAUUCGCACAUUUCCCCAGUAGUUCUGCUCCGCCUGUGAGGUUAAGCUCGCCCACACCACCCAGUGGUCAUCAUGCUUUCCCUUCGAGUUCUGCUAGGCCUGUACGCUUGCCGGAUAGGAAUGAAGAUGACGAGGAGGAAGAGGAAAGGGAGCGUGCACGUGAGCGGGAACGUGAGAGGGAACGCGAUGAAAGGGAGAGGGAGCGUGAAAGGCAACGUGAGCGGGAGCGAGAAAGGGAGAGGGAUGAUGACAGAGUGAACCUGAGGCGCACAUCUGGAUCUUACGCUCCACCUCCGCCUAUUCGACGAGAGAGUUCAGGCAUGGGAAGUGCAUCAAGGCGUGAUAGCGGUGAACGUAGGUCAUCAAAGAGGGCUCGUGCGGACGAUGGCAUGGGAUCCGGCAAUGUGCUGGGAGGACCUGAGGUGCAGGAACCCAGUCCUAUCAGCGCGAGCUCUACUCAACCUGCGAAUGCAAACUGGCCCAUUGAUCCUUCAGUACCCACAACCGCGCCACCACCACCGCCGCAGUCUGCUCCAGGUCCUCCAAGUAACGAGCAUAGUGCCCAUUAUGCCUCCCACUCAGCGCCGCCAGCCGGCUACGAUCAUCGAUUCCAGGCACCUCCGCCUGCGUAUCCUCAGUACGACCAUCCCCAUCACGCGCCUCCAGCCACACACUAUGCUCCUCCACCUCAACAUGGUGCUCCUCAUCCUUAUGCUCACGUUCCGCAGACGUAUUACACUCACCCUCCUCCGCCUCAAUGGGGACCUCCUCAUCCUAGUCAUCACCCCGCUCCGCCACCUCAGGCGACCUAUGAUCCAUACAUGUAUUCACACCACCCACCACCGCCUCCCCAUUCACAGACACAUCAUCCGCAGUACGCACAUGUCCCUCCUCCACCUCCUCCUGGAAGUUACGAUUACCAGGCCUACCGGCCUCCGCCUCCACCACCUCAGCAAUAUGGUGCCCCGUACUAUGACCAUCAACCUCAACAUCCCCCACAGCAGCAUGUCCCUCCUCCUGCUCAGCCAGCACACCAUUACGCGCCGCCUCCCUCUCCUCCAAGUGCAACGGCUUCGGGUGGCGCUGGAGCAUCUGGUUCGAUGAUGUACGGUGGUGAAUACUCAGCUCCAAACGGAGCGGACUCGCGUUCUGCCAGUGCUUCUCAACCACCUAGUCGUGGAUAUUCAUACAACGCUGGUCCGCCCCCAAUGCCAGCUACUUCAUCUAGUUCCUCAGCCAUGCCACCCCCGCCAAAUGGUUCACAUCACCACUAUGGUGGAGCUCCUCAUCAGUUCGCUCACGUACCUGGCGUGCAACUACCGCCUCAGCCUCAGCCUUCUGCACCUUCACAAAGCGCCUACGGAACGAGUAACUCAUCAGUGAAUGGAAUGGGUGGCAUGGGACGCUCAGCGCCAAGUCAUUACCAGCUAACGCCUGCACCUCAGACUUCGGGACACUCCGGCUAUCCUGUUCCUCCUGAAAGUUCACCGACUAGCGGUGGGAGUAGCAACGGCGGGUGGAACACAGGUCAGACAUGGCAGGGUUCUUCAGGACAUAUGAUGAUGCAGGCUGAACCGUCGAGUGCAUAUCCCACUGGAGCUGGUUCGUACGCCUCGUCUCAUCAUGGGCACGGACAAGGAUCGAGAGAAGGACUAGGUAGAAUACAGCUAGCACCGCUUCGUGGACAAAUUACCCCUCCGCCUGGUGGUUCGGGUAGUAGUGGAGAUACCGAGAGAGGGAAAAAGAGUAACAAUCCCUUGAGUAUUGGUAACAUGGUUGACUAGGUCUGUUGGAGAACUUCAUUUGCUACCCAUUUUCGCCGCGUUGCGGAGUGUCCGCUUUCGCUCAUUGCUUUAUCACAGUACAUGCUUUGUUUUUCAGCCCAUCUUUUCUCUUGAAGCCCAAGUUACGUUCGGAGUCUAGUACAGUUCGUUGGUUCAAGACUUGUUUUCCAUAAUCAUUCCUACUCCGUAAAGUCGGGAACGUUAAAAUGGUGAAACAGGGAUCAUUUUAGACGACAUUCCAACAGUCCCUACAGGUUGUCCCUUUUGUCCCUUGGAUAAGUCUACGCUGCUCGCAGCUUGGCCAGCUAGCAUGCCUGAAACUGGGUUCUGUCACCCUGAGGCUGGCCUUCCAACAUGAUACGAGAUCUUACAGUUCCUGCUGUGUAGAAACAAAACUCACGUUUGGAAUAUCAAGACCAACACAGAAGAAGUUGUUUAUAUGUACACGACAACAUUCAUUUAAGUAGUACAUCAAUAAAGUUUUUGUACAUGU